UUCUCUGGAGGGUCAGUUCAUCCUCAAGCGUUCAGCAUGCCCCGUCCGGACGGUUCUUACACGCAGUUCAUCUGGAGAGAGGCAGACAGAGCCCGCUCGGACCCGCGGAGGGAGGAGAGGGUGAGCUGUGACCCAUGCGCUCUGGUCCAGCUCCGACUGUCCGGGCUCACGUAUCCCGACGAAGACCAGAGCGCCAUCGCCCGAGCACGGAGACGGCGCAGGCUGGCAGCCAACGCCCGCGAGAGGAGGAGGAUGCUGGGCUUGAACGUGGCCUUCGACCGCCUGAGGAGCGUUAUUCCUAACGUGGAGAGCGACCGGAAGCUGUCCAAGUCUGAGACGCUUCAGAUGGCGCAGAUCUACAUCAGCACUCUGAGCGAGCUGCUGGAGGAAAGAGACUGCGACCCGGAAUUCGGUUACCCGAUGUUGGCGACGGGCGUGGAGGAUCAGGUCAUCGUGAAGGGUUCAGCGGCAACCGAAGAGACCAAACCGGAGCAGAAAGCCAUCCCAACCUGUAGGAUAAGAUCAUAUGAUGGGAAUUUUGGGCGUCCCACUUGUUGUGACCCCAAAACACCUGAACUCUUAGCGGACUCUCACUAUAUGGAGAGGAGCAAUGGAGCAAAAUGACACUGAUAUAACAUUCUCAGCCUAUAUUUCAUUUUGUUUUUGAAUUAAUGUUUGGACAUUUUGUAGUGAAAUAUAAAAUAUUUUGGAACUAAUUAUAUAUUUUGCCUCUUAUGCUAUACAAAUAAAUAU